AUGGCAAGUGAUUCCAUAAUCCCUCUUCUUCUUCUUCCUGAUGAACUCAUAACAGAGAUCCUCUUAAAGCUUCCUAUCAAAUCUCUGUUGAAAUUCAUGUGCGUUUCAAAAUCAUGGCUUCAACUAUUCUCUAGCCCUGCUUUUGUGAAGAACCAUAUCAAGUUAACUGCUGAUGACAAAGGAUACAUCUAUCACAGACUUAUAUUUCGAAACACCAAUGAAAAUUUCAAGUUUUGUUCUCUCCCUCCCUUAUUUACCAAACAACAACACACUGAGGAGCUAUUCCACAUCGAUUCCCCCAUCGAAAGAUCCACUUUAUUAACUCACAUUGUCGGCUCUGUCAAUGGGUUGAUUUGUGUUGUCCAUGGCCAAAAAGAGGCAUAUAUAUGGAACCCCACUAUUACCAACUCAAAGGAAUUACCCAAGUUUACAAGUAUUAUGUGUUCUGGUUCUAUCAAAUAUGGUUUCGGAUAUGAUGAGUCAUAUGAUGAUUAUAAAGUUGUAUUUAUCAAUUAUCCUUAUAAUCAUUCUAGUAGUUCCAAUAUGACGACUGUGGUCAACAUAUAUACUUUGAGGACUAAUUCUUGGACAACACGCCAUGAUCAGCUUCAGGGCGUCUUUCUAGUAAGUCAUUAUGGUAGAUUUGUCAAUGGGAAGCUUUAUUGGACUUCAUCAACUUGUAUUAAUAAGUACAAGGUGUGCAACAUCACUUCUUUUGAUUUAGCAAACGGGACAUGGGGAAGUUUGGAGCUUCCCAGUUGUGGAAAAGACAAGUCUGAUAUCAAUGUGGGAGUUGUGGGAAGUGAUCUUUCUCUGCUUUAUACUAGUCAACGAGGUGCUGCUACCUCUGAUGUAUGGAUUAUGAAGCAUUCUGGAGUUAAUGUAUCUUGGACAAAAUUGUUUACCAUCAAAUAUCCUCAAAAU